UGGAGCAGUGAGAGGAGAGUGUCAGAGAAGAGACAAAGAUCCUCCAGCUGCUUCAGCAGGACAGACGAGACACUUGUUCCUCCAUCUCAUCUCCUGUUGCGGUUACCAUGGCUUCAGCCCUCAUAUCUGCGCUGAGUGUGCUUCUCUGUGCGUUGGCACUCAUUCUCUACAGCAGUCCGGCAGCGGCUCAGGCAGACUUAGCAUUGGACUGUUGCCUGACAGUUAGCCACAAAGUCAUCCCUAAACAUGUGCUCCUCACUUACCGGAAGCAGUUCAGAGUUGACGGCUGCCCCCGAGAUGCUGUUGUAUUCAUAACGAGGAAAGAAUUGAAUCUUUGUGCCCCACCUGCAGCGGAAGAGCACUGGGUUAAAGAGACGAUCAAGUUUCUGGACACUAGGCUCAAGAUGUGCAAAGCAACCAAAUUUCAUGAGAAACGCUGUCAUGCCCUGAAGAAUUUGUCUUUUUGACUGAACAUACACAUAUAUACUUUUAAUGGCAGCUGAUGUAGUCAUUGUGACAUAGCUCACUUCAGUUUCUGUAACACAUUUAGGGUCUUCCUCUUUCAGC